UAUAAAUCUUCAUGCUGCAAAUUCAGAAUGCAACAACCAAGCUCUGAUUAUUCUCCAGACCUGGUCAAAGAAACCUGCACCAGUGUGGAACCUCCAGACAGAGAAGCUGAUCUCCAUAAAGAAAAUCCUGCUUUGUCUAAAAGCAGCAGCCCAGAAGAUGUCUUCAGUUCCUCUGAAAAGCAGGCAGUACCAGUUUGUGUGGACACCACCUUGCCUCCAGAGGACUACAUUCUCAGACAAGCUUACACAGAGCCUUCACUUCUGAGGCUUCCUACAGAGGAGUGCAUUGGGUUCCACCAUGCGCCUUUCCAGUUCGACCGUCACGCUCGUGCCAGAAUUUCCACUUCUCCAACUUUAAGGCGCCUAAGGAUGGCCUCUGCCUCACAAGCACUGUCAUUUCAGGACUGUUCUGACACAGCUCAGCUGGGGAAUCAGAAGGAAUACACUGGCUCUCUCCAUCACAUUUGUAAGAGCCCACCUCGGUGCAUUACAGUUUCUUCACUGUCACUGCCUUCUUGUGUCCAUGCAAAAUUAUUGUCAUCCAAAGCCAAGUCUGAGAGAACUGUAGCAGCUCCAGAGUCUGACCUACCCAGGUCAAAGCUUCCAAGCCAAGAGGAUCCUCUCAGCAAUGGCAGUCCCAAUGCACCACCCAGAAACUCUUGGAGAGCCAACUCUGCUACACUUCCUACGAGACUGCCCCGCCCAGGCCCUACACUUUGGGUAGGUGUCCAGGAGAGUGGACUGUCCAUGCAAAGAUCAGCGGAGCGCAGGCGCAGCUCCCUGGUGGUGAGUCUGCCGGGACUCGAGGUGUUCCCUGGAGACCUCCUGGUGUCAGACAGUGCCAUGGACUACCUGCCCUGCUCAUCCUUCCUGCUCAGUGCAGAGUCCAAAAAGUCAAAGUGGCCAUUUGCCAAAAGAGGAGUUGGUAAAGACAAACAGAAGCAAGCAUCUGAUCUGGAAAAUUGUCUUUCAACUCUUAAGAUCAUAGACUGCUGCAGAGAUGAAUUCUUCUGCUUUAAGAGUAAAUCUUGGCACGAGUUUAUGAAUGAGCAACAAACUGAGCAGAAAGAUGCCAACAGCCAGUUAGAAGCGAAAAAAGAAGCAGCAGUGUGGGAGCUUUUCACAAGUGAAUGCACAUACUUUCUGGAUCAUUUGCUGGUUCUCAAGAUGAUAUUUAUGAACACUCUAAAAUACCUCCAGAGUAAUGAAUUUCUCUUGGACGUGGAUUUGUGGAGACUUUUCGCAAAUUUAGAGGAGUUAAACAAGUUUUUCCAGGGUGACCUCUGCCAGACACACCAGAUUUAUUGCCUUAAUUAUACCUCUGCUGUCUUCUACUUGGAAAAACUGAGACAGAGAGAAGAUUUUGGCAUCUACUUGAAGUGGUGUGAACAAAAUGAACAGUGCAAGAGGUUGCAUCUGCCAGAGCUGCUGGUUGCUCCUCUGCAUCGACUGACACGGUAUCCCCUCCUCCUCCACAACAUCUGGAAGAGGAGCACUGAUGAAACAGAGAAAAGUUUUAUCCAGUCACUUAAAGAGAAGGUGGAAAAAUCUAUAAGGGAUCUGGAAGGUAAAGUCAAGUGGUUGGACAACUUUCAGAAGUUCAGGCAACUGCAAGAGGUCAUAAUUUGGCCUCAGGUCUGGGAUCGUGACAAAAGGUUCUUUGUCCCAGAGUGUUUGAAGCAAAACUUAAGAGAAAACACCAGUGAGAACAUUUUGUCUUCAGCAAACAGACUUCUCCUUCAUGAAGGGAGGCUGAUGCUAGCAGAAAGCACAAGACUCCUUGACGUCUAUCUCUUUUUAUUUGAUGAUUUCCUACUGAUUACCAAAAUUAAACGUAACAAAAAGAAAUAUGGAGGCUCAGACACCAGCUUAAUCCCUGUCUGUCCUUCCCUCACUCCUGAGCUGCAGUCCUUCAUAAGAGAGGGGGGAUUUUGCACAGUCCUAGACCAGCCCAUCCCACUAGACAGACUUGUACUGAAAAAUGUUGAACCCAUCCAAGUUACAGUCUUCAGCCUGCGAAAUGCUUUUCUAAUUCAGCAUGAGAACAGGUAUCGGCAGUGCAUAGCAGUCUUCUUGCUACAAGCUCAGACAGAAACUGCCAAGAAAGCAUGGAUGUCACAGAUAGAUACAGCAAUCUCCAAAUACACCACACAACAUCAAACCAAGAAAAGCACUGCUUUCUGCUUCCCUGCUGAAUCCUCUGAAAUUUAAUAAUGUCAGCACUGCUCUGACAGAGCCAGUGGAAGACUAUUGUGGUGAUAAUAUGGCUAUUUCUUUCAAAAUGCCUUAGGUCUCUGAAGCUAACAGAUUUCUGACUUGACAAAAGUAUGGUGCGUAGACGACACCAAGUCAGAAUAAAUUGGAGGAGGGGAAUGAAGCAUGCAACAGAUGUAUCACUUUGUUUCACCUAGGGAAGGCUCUUGCCACCUUGCCACAAUUUAAUAGAGCCUGUCAUUUGCUAGAAAGCAUGACAAGGAAAAAAAACCCUGUGUUGGUAAGGACAGCUCAUUCACCAGAGAAGUUUAGAAGGGUUAUUGCAUCAUUCAAACUGUAUUAAUAAAUUCCAUUAAAUUAGAAUUGUGUUAAUUAGAAUAGCUCCUGAUAUUUAUGUGUCUCUACCCACUAACCUAUAAUAUCACGAGAUGGUUUUUACAUUAAUACUAAGCCUGUGUAAGUAUCUAUACAUAUGUAUGCACUUACCUGUUCCAGUGCUCUUCAGAUACAGCCUGGCCACUGUGACAAACAAAUUCCUGCUCUUCCCCCACAUCUAUCAUGGGCAAGUUUUUGUCAUGGCUUUCUAGGAAAGGAACAGCCAUCAGGCUCCAUGCCAAGUGGUGAAUGUGUGAAGCAGGAGGGCAGAACAGAGCGCAGACAGAUCUGUACCAGAGCAUCACACAAGAAGCUGCCAAUGCCUCACCAAAGCUUGGCUGACAUAGCUGUGCUCCAUCCCACCAAUCCCAUGCUCAGCUGCACACCACAUCACACCGAGAGCUCACCAAAACCUCACAGCAUCCUGAAGCCAGUGCUGACAAGAUAAAGAUAUUUCAAGCCCAGAGUCGUCACACCUGACAGACUAAAAUCUGUGCUUUGUGUGCUGGCAGAAGGGAGAGGGUAUUUCACUUUGUAUACUUUUUACCAAAACAGUCUUUAGCCAGGUCUACUCACUUUACCAGACAAGCAAUCAUUCCUGGAGACCUGCAUGUCUCCAAGGAGGACAGCCCAGAGGAAGGAAGUAUUUACACAUGGGCUUCUCUUCAUGGAGAGCUCAAUAGGUUUUUCUGUGGUAUGCAGAGAAAGACACCUCAGGAAGCAGUUGAGGCAGAAACUGACUUCCCAAUUCAAACUGCCUUUCAGAGGAGACAUCUCCUCUCCAUCUCUAAACAGAGCCCCUGCUUCAAUAGCUAAACAUGGAUUGUUUGGUUGUGCCUCCAUAAUUCAAUAGUGGCUUUGUCACAGGACUGAUUUCCCACAUUAACCAUCUGGCUUCUCUCUGCAACACAGUUCCACCCUGAAAGAGCUUUCCAUUUCACAUGUGAGACCUUUAUUGGUCUGUAAUUAAACAAGAGCUACUUUUGAGUCUUCCAGUUAUGCCAAUUGUCCUGCUACAUCAAAUGUGAUGUCAGAACACAGCCAGUGUGACAGAAGGACUUUCAUCAAAUGUGGGAUACUUGGCAGCCUUGCUGUGGAAUGAAAAGACUACUCUGAAUUUAACCUGUGAAGAAAACAGAUUUGAAAAACAGUCAUUAUUAGUGUGUCCUCAGAAAUGUGAAAGCCUUUGUUGCAGCUCCCUGCAACUCUAAGAAACUGUAACAUUUAGCU